CAAUGUCUACCCUGCACCUUACCCGACCUGCCACUCCCUCUGAUAUCACCGAUAUCAAUUCUUUCUCUGUACUAUAGCCACCCCCUCCUCCGAUCCCACACCGGCAGAGAUUUAUACCCGCUUCCAUGGAUACCCCGCCAGCCUCCUCUUGGCUAAUUAGAUAAAGAGAUCUCAUCUACUAUUGAAUCACGUUCGUCGAUCUACAACAGAAAGACGCAAAGCACCGAAGAUCUUCCACCUGUUAGCACCGAAAUCUCCAGAUCGAUCAUUAUUGUAUCAAAAUGAACACAAAGAUGGAGGAUUCAAAAACUUCGAAAGAGCCUGAUGAUGUAACUGAAGUGGGUGAUGACUCCGACGAUGAAGAGGAUGAUGUAAAGGUUUGUGAUAUAUGUGGGGAUGCUGGUCGGGAGGAUUUGCUUGCAGUAUGUUGUAAGUGUACUGAUGGAGCUGAACAUACUUAUUGCAUGCGAGUGAUGAUUGAGGAAGUCCCUGAGGGAGAUUGGCUCUGUGAAGAAUGCAAGCAUGAAGAGGACUUGAAAACUCAAAAGCAAAACAAAACUUCUAAGGUUGAUGGAUAUGAUAGCACUUAUCCUUUUGGACAAACAGCCAUUAUCGGUUCUGAUCAUCCUGGUAAGGUUCAACAAGGGAACAAGGCUUUAUCAAUGUUGCUUCACUUUCUCGUGAAAGCUCAUUUAAGAACUCUGAGAAGGGCAAACUGAAUGUAUAUCCAUUAUCUACGGGUGCAUUUUCAAAACCCAACUUAUCCAGCUCCCGGAUUCACAGCCCAAAAGUCAAACUUGUUGAUGGUGUUCUUCCUUCAAAGCGGAAAUUGGUGAAGGGAACUGCUUCCACUAAAUCAAAAGGGGGCCCCUUAAGAUUAAUGGGAAAAUCACAAUCUUUUAAAUCCACCAGCUCAAGUCGUUUUUGUGAUUCUGAAUCAAUAGUCGAGGUACCAUCACCUAGAUUUUCUCAUGAUGAGGAUACAAAAGGGCAAAAACAUACUAAAGAAGACAGUUCAUUUGAGAGGAAAAGUUUUCGCAGAUCAGAAAGAGAAUUCAAUAAAGAGGUGUCUUGUUUUGAUGGAGAUUCACCUGCCAAUCCAAAGGAUGAUUCCUCCUCAGAACAACUCGGCAUGGUUGAUAAAUCUAUUGUGGUUGAGGCACCUCUUGUAAAAAAAUCAGGAGAGGCCAUGAUUAGCCCCUGUGAUUUGAAAGCUGCAAUUGAGGCUGCUAUGCUCAGGAAGCCUGGAAUUUGCAGGAAGAAUAAGGUGAACAUGGACAAGGAAGCUUCUGCUCAAGAUCAAAUACCUAGUUCAGAAAACAAGAGAAAUCUUAAAGGUCUGGUAAAUGUUGAUGCACUAGCAAUAUCGGUGCUUCUGAAAUCAGCAAUUCCAGAACAUCAGUACAUAUGGAGUGGAGAUUUUGAGGUUUUCAAGAGUGGGAAAAAGCUAAAUCUAUGUGACGGCAUUCAGGCUCAUUUAGCAACUUGUGCAUCUCCUAAAGUUGUUGAUGAAGUUAGGAAAUUCCCUUGCAAGGUGUUGCUUAAUGAAGUGUCCCGUUUGAGUACCUGGCCUCUUCAGUUCCAUGAGUUUGGAGUCAGAGAAGAUAACAUAGCCCUCUUCUUUUUUGCAAAGGACCUCCAGAGUUAUGAGAAUAAUUACAGAGUGCUGAUUAGGAAUUUGAUGAAGCAUGACCUAGCUCUUCAAGGGAACUUUGGAGGCAUUGAGCUGUUGAUAUUCCCGUCGAACCAGCUUCCUGAAAAAUUCCAAAGUAGGAACAAUGAACACGGUUCUUGAUAUUUCAGUCACGGUCUAAUCACGGAAGACAGCCCCCUUAGGUGGAAUAUGAUGUUUUUCUUAUGGGGCGUGUUCAGAGGGAGGAAGGUGAAUGAAAAACCACUGACUAGAGACAUUCCCAGUGCUUCACAAGUAUCUAAAUGUGCAUCUUCACAUACAGAGGUUGUUGAAUCUCCAAACACUGUGCCCAACACAGCUUAUGUAGAAAAUAAAUCAAUCUAUUAGCAAUUAUAACAAGGCGUCAUUGACUAGUUUGCCCUCACACCACAAAUCUACUGUCCAAGGAGCUCAUUUGGCGGUGACUGACAACAUGGAUAUAGACACUACUUCCAUGAAUACGCAAUUCUGAGAAGCACAUUCGGCCAAGGAGCUCAUUCGGCCAGAAUAUUUUUGCUGAUGAAGCACAUUACAACAAGAAAGAGAAGGAAGCCUACAUGCAAUGACCAAAUUAGUUUUAACAUCCGGGGUUUAAUGAGAUAAAUACAUAUGUAUAGCGAGGCAAGACAUCAGCUACCUUCCUGACUGUGGAAAGGCACAUAGGAUGCUAAGAGACCUAGUCACAUAAGCCUUUAUUGACUCCACAAUACGUCCCCAUGUCUCAUCCCGGUUGGGGGGGGGGGGGGGACUCGACGCUUAGCUCGGAAACAAUAGAUAAAUGCAGAGCUGUUGUAUUUCUAGGGCGAAGCUUGCUUUUUAGGUGGGGGGCUGUGAAUAACAAAUGAUGGGUCAUGUAUUUACAAAAAAACAUUAUUGUAUAAUUAUCCUCUUGAACAGGGGUGUAUGUCCGCAUGCAUGUAUGGCCGCUGCAUUAUAAUUUUAAACUUUUAGCUUAGCUGUUUCUGCUCUCCUCAUAGGGUUUGUCACUUUGUUGUAUAGAGGAGAGAAAGGAUUAGUCACCCUGAUCUUCAGUUGAUGUUUCUUUGUCAUUCCAGCUUCCCGUUCUGACUUCUGAGUGUACUGUCCAAACGCAUCAUCAUGCAUUAUAUGUGUACUACACUACUACCUGCUAAAAAGGAUAGACCAC